AAAACCAUAAUCGAAUAGAAUCAGAUGCGGAUUGAAAGCUAAAAAGGGUAGAAAGCAGGGGAGCAAAAUGUGGGGGCGAACGGCUUCCUUCAUCCUCGACAAGAACAAUCUCAGCCAGUUUCCUUCCCCCUAUUCCUCGCCCUCGGAAUCCUCCUCCAUGGAUCGCUCUAACCCUAGGCCCGGCAUCUCCGCCUACUACCAGACCCGCGCGGAGCACCACGUCACCAGUGACUGGCUCGCUCAGGCCCAUGCUGCGCUCCUGAAGGAGGAGGAGGAGGAGGGGGAUCUGCCACCAUCUGCCCCUGGAUCCAUCGUGAAACCCUUCAGCGUCAUCGACGAAUUUAACCACUGGCGGAAGAAGCCCGACCUCGCCGAGGCCGUCGCCGCCAUCAUGGCCCUCGCCGCCGUCAUCCGAUCCAGUGAGGCGACCACCAUGAUGGAGCUUGAGAUCGAGCUCAAGAAAGCUUCCGAUACUCUAAAGUCUUGGGAUGCAACUUCCAUUUCACUAUCAGCUGGUUGUGAUCUCUUUAUGCGAUAUGUUACCCGAACUUCUGCCCUUGAAUAUGAGGACUUUCAUGCUGCAAAGCUUCGCUUGAUUGAACGAGGGGAAAAAUUUGGUGAGAUUUCCAUGAAGGCACGCCGCACAAUUGCCCUGCUUAGCCAAGAUUUUAUAUUGGAUGGCUGCACAAUAUUAGUUCAUGGCUUUUCAAGAGUGAUAUUAGAAGUUUUGAAGCUGGCAGUUUCGAAUAGAAAACUAUUCACAGUCUUCUGCACAGAGGGUAGACCUGAUGGAACUGGAUUGAAGUUAUCCAAAGAACUCGCUGCACUAGGCAUUCCUGUUAAACUUCUUAUUGAUUCUGCCGCCGCAUAUGUAAUGGAUGAGGUUGACAUGGUAUUAGUUGGAGCUGAUGGAGUUGUUGAGAGUGGAGGCAUUAUUAACAUGAUGGGAACAUAUCAAAUUGCGAUAGUGGCGCAUAGCAUGGAUAAACCUGUUUAUGUGGCUGCUGAAAGUUACAAGUUUGCACGGCUGUAUCCAUUGGAUCAGAAGGACAUGGAACCUGCACUUCGUCCGAUCAACUUUGGCGUCCCUGUUCCACCAGAUGUAGAAGUCGAAACAUCUGCUAGGGAUUACACCCCGCCUCAGUACCUCACACUGCUCUUCACUGACCUUGGCAUUCUUACUCCGUCUGUUGUGAGUGAUGAGCUUAUUCAGCUCUACCUUUAAGCGCCAUGGCAAUUAUAACUUGCUCUGAGGUAAUGCUAUAAGCUUGUCAAAUAAAAAGGGGAAAUUUGUGCUAAUUCCCUUUCUUUCUUUCUUUCGUUUUUUUCCUCCUUCCUUCGUAAUUGACUCUUCCUUGAGAAAUUUUGUGCAUCGACUACUUGUAUAUGGAUAAAAGCCAGUUUGUUCA